AUGGCGUCCUCUGUGCUUCGCCCAUUGGCCACUGAGCUCUACUUUUCGCCUACUACUGCUUCUUCGUCGCGCUUCUUGCGCUCUCGAAUCCAAAAUGUUAAGCCCUUGGUGAGUUGCCACCGCCAAUGGCACGCCUCUUCGGGGGCCCAGCGGCAGACUACAGUUGUCGCCGCGGCUGCAAAGUCCCUGGCGCUGGUUCGCCGUGACUCUCCGGUUCCACGAGUUCCCGCUCUUUUCCCAAAGGCUUACUCGACGGACGCGACCACCGUGGUGCCCCCCACGACUCCUUAUAGCCAACUGACGGUUGGUGUGCCGCGGGAGACAUUUCCCGGGGAGCGCCGAGUCGCAUUGACUCCAACCAAUGUAGCUCUGCUCCUGAAGAAGGGAUACUCCAAGGUCUUGGUCCAGCGCGGAGCUGGUGCUGCGGCUGAAUUCUUGGAUGAAGCCUAUGAAAAAGCUGGCGCUACUCUUGUCGACUCCCCUGAUGGUGUCUGGUCUGCAGCCGAUAUUGUUCUCAAGGUCCGAGGACCUUCAAACGCCGAGGUCAAUGCCAUUAAGAAAGACCAGACAGUUCUCUCUUUCCUACAGCCUGGCCAGAAUAAAGAUCUUGUUGAGAAGAUUGCUGCCAGGGGCGCAACUUACUUUGCUAUGGAAAUGGUCCCCCGUAUCUCUCGCGCUCAGGUUUUCGAUGCCCUCAGUAGCAUGGCCAAUAUUGCCGGCUACAAGGCUGUCCUGGAAGCAUCCAAUGUCUUUGGUCGAUUCUUGACCGGCCAAGUCACGGCUGCUGGCAAGAUUCCGCCCUGUAAAGUUCUGGUCAUUGGAGCUGGUGUAGCUGGUCUCAGCGCAAUCGCAACUGCUCGUCGAAUGGGUGCCAUUGUUCGCGGAUUUGAUACUCGUCCCGCGGUCAGAGAGCAGAUUGAGUCUCUCGGCGCUGAAUUCAUCGAAGUCGACAUGCAUGAAGACGGCUCUGGUGCGGGAGGCUAUGCCAAGGAGAUGAGCAAGGAGUUUAUCGAAGCCGAAAUGCGACUUUUCAAGGAACAAGCCAGGGAAGUGGACAUUAUCAUUACUACGGCUCUGAUUCCCGGAAGGCCCGCCCCGAAACUUAUUAAAAUGGAUAUGCUCGAUGUCAUGAAACCCGGAAGUGUUAUUGUUGAUCUCGCGGCUGAGGCUGGCGGCAAUUGUGAGGCCACCAAAGCAGGCGAAAUGAUAACUUACAAUGAUGUCAAGGUUAUUGGAUAUACUGAUCUCCCGUCUCGCUUGCCGACCCAAUCGUCUACUCUUUACUCAAACAACAUCACCAAGCUCUUGCUUUCAAUGUCUCCCAAAGAAAACGAAUUUGGAAUUGACCUGUCUGACGAAGUUGUCAGAGGCGCCAUUGUGAUGCAAAAGGGAGAAAUCCUGCCGCCCGCUCCCCGCCCUGCCCCUCCUCCAGCACCAGCCAAACCCGCAGCUGCCGUUGUAGUCGAAGCUGUAGAACUCACUCCUUGGCAGAAAAAGACUCGCGAGGUGGCUACUGUGACUGCCGGAAUGACAACCAUGCUUGCUCUUGGAAAGUUCACCGGGCCUCUGUUCAUGUCUAAUGCAUUCACCUUUGCUCUGGCUAGCUUGAUCGGUUAUCGCGUCGUCUGGGGCGUGGCGCCCGCGCUACACUCUCCGUUGAUGAGCGUGACAAACGCGAUUUCUGGCAUGGUUGGUAUUGGCGGUCUGUUCGUUCUCGGUGGAGGCUACUUGCCCGAGACAAUUCCUCAAACCUUUGGCGCCCUCAGCGUGUUGCUGGCCUUUGUGAAUGUUGGUGGUGGCUUCGUCAUCACCAAACGAAUGCUCGACAUGUUCAAACGACCUACUGACCCCCCUGAGUACCCCUGGCUUUAUGCAAUCCCGGCUACUCUCUUCGGUGGAGGCUUCAUCGCUGCUGCGUCGACCGGAGCCGCUGGCCUUGUCCAGGCCGGAUAUCUCAUCAGUUCUGUUCUUUGCAUUGGAUCUCUCUCAGGCUUGGCCUCUCAAGCAACUGCUCGCAUGGGUAACAUGCUCGGUAUUCUUGGUGUCGGCACUGGUGUAUUGGCUAGUUUGGCUGCUGUGGGAUUUUCCCCCGAGGUCUUGACGCAAUUCACCGGACUCGCUGCCAUAGGAGCCAUUGCUGGCAUGUUGAUUGGAAAGAGAAUUACGCCUACUGAUUUGCCUCAAACUGUCGCUGCCUUGCAUUCAGUUGUUGGUCUUGCAGCCGUUUUGACCAGCAUUGGCAGUGUCAUGGGCGAUAUUUCUGACCUCACCACUCUGCACAUGGUAACUGCAUACCUUGGUGUUCUGAUUGGUGGUGUAACCUUUACCGGAUCAAUUGUUGCCUUCUUGAAGCUCGCAGGUCGCAUGUCUUCUCGCCCCAAGCUCCUCCCUGGCCGACAUGUUAUCAACACUGGAUUGCUGGCAACCAAUGCCGCUACGUUUGGUGCUUUCCUUACCAUGGCUCCUGGUGCUCCCAUGAUUGCUGCUGGGGCACUGGCAGCUAACACGGCGCUGAGUUUCAUCAAGGGAUACACGACAACUUCUGCAAUUGGAGGCGCUGACAUGCCCGUCGUCAUCACCGUGUUGAACGCAUACAGUGGCUUCGCUUUGGUGGCCGAAGGGUUCAUGCUGGAUAAUCCUCUCUUGACGUCUGUGGGAGCCCUGAUAGGCGUUUCUGGUUCUAUUCUGUCAUACAUCAUGUGCGUUGCCAUGAACCGGUCUCUAACCAAUGUCCUGUUUGGAGGCUUAGGAACUCCGACACAAGCCUUGGAGUACAAGCCAGAGGGUCAAGCGACUGAAACAUCUGUAGAGGAUGUUGCAGACCAGCUAGUGAACGUCGAAUCCGUCAUCAUAGUCGUCGGAUAUGGAAUGGCUGUCGCAAAGGCACAGUACGCGCUCUCGAGCAUUGUCCAGUCGCUGCGGUCAAAGGGAAUCACUGUCCGCUUCGCUAUCCACCCAGUUGCUGGUCGCAUGCCUGGGCAAUGUAAUGUGCUGUUGGCGGAAGCAAGCGUCCCCUACGAUAUCGUCCUGGAAAUGGACGAGAUCAACGAUGACUUCCCCGAGACUGAUCUGGUCUUGGUCAUUGGUGCCAACGAUACUGUGAACCCGAUUGCCAUGGAAAAGGGUAGUUCCAUUGAGGGCAUGCCAGUGUUGCAUGCCUGGAAGGCCAAGCAAGUUAUUGUGAUGAAGCGCACGUUGGCCAGUGGUUAUGCUGAUGUGCCGAACCCGAUGUUUUACAUGCCAAACACCAAGAUGUUGUUUGGCGAUGCAAAGGUUUCUUGUGAUGCUAUCAAGUCAGCUGUAGAAAGCAAACUGUAGAGUGGGGUAGUAGACGCUGUGAUACGGCGUAAGGAUUCCGGGCUUGAUUUGAUCAUGUGUUGCACCGCAAUAGAUGGGAUUAGAUAGUACUGAGUCUGUUUUUGUCGAUAUUUUCCGCCUGUUUAAAAGAAGUAAAAUGUUUGUUUAAAUCC